AGCGCUUCAAGUACAGGGUUAACGUCACGUCGGCGCUUCACGAGCAGCCCGGGCCGAGCGCGUUGGCGCAUGAUGGUCUAGACCCAGCCUCGGCAUCCAUGUCGCAAGCGUCGCCGCCGCGCCGGUCCAUGGUGUCGACGGCGGGCUCGUCGCGGAAGAGCGUGUCGUCGUCGGGCAGCCGCGGCACGCCCGGCCCGCCGACGGCCGGCGCCGGCGCGUCCGGCGCGUCGACGACCGCGAGCUCGCGCCAGGGCCGCGUGAGCAAGACGCCGCUCAUGGACGCGAAGCGGCGCGCGACGGCGCUGCGGCGGCGCAUGGACCCGAACUCCAUGGGCGCGCCCGUCGACGCGUUCCUCAACAGCGCACCGAGUCGUUUGGCGCGGCGGACGCAGCGGAGCUCCAUCGCGAACAUGGCCGAGGUCACGCGCGAGGCGACGGAGAGCGGCCUCGCGCGGAAGAAGGAGGAGGCGCGGGCGAAGGAGGGCCAGCUCCGGGGCCUCGCGCCGCCGCCCAUCCCCCUGCAGACCAUCCUCCGGCUCGAGCGCAAGGACCGUUUGGGGAGCUGGAACCCGUCGCAGCCCCUCUUCUUCGCUUUGAUGGCGCAGCAGGGCGGCGCGGGCGUGCCGCGGCGGCCGCCGCCGGGUCUGCUCGAGGACCACAUCACCUGCGCGGACUGGGAGUGGACGACGGCGCUGGUGCGGGCGGUGCUGCGGCACAACGUGCGGUGGUUCGACCACUCCUACCGCAUCGUCGAGCGCGGCGACGAGCACUUCACGGGCGCGCGCGGCGCGGCCAUCGAGCGCGCCGCGGCCAAGGCGCGGCCGCCGCGGCUCUGGGGGCCCGAGACGUUCGCGCGCGACUCGACGGACGCGGCGUCCGACGACUCCUACUCCUCCGAGGAGGGCGACCUCUUCGAGCUGUCCUACAAGGCCUUCCUCGCGCAGAAGACGGCGGCCGUCCGCGAGAAGGUCAAGCGCCAGCGGUCCAUGAACCGCGACUUUUUGGACCACGCGGCGCGCCGCGGCGGCCUCACGAACGAGACGCUCCUCACGUCCCUCGACGACGAGCUCCAGGAGGCGACGAACGCCGAGUUCGAGUACCUGACGCGGAAGCGCGCGGAGACGGACGUCGUCGAGGGCUGCCUCGUGCGCUGCCCGGACGUCUUCGGCGUCCAGCGCGAGGGCGUCAUCGUCACGCGGAACGAGGGCGGCGCGUCCUGCCACAUCCAGUUCACGGACGACGGGACGAUCCGCAAGAACGUGCCGCGCAUCAACCUCGUGCUCCUCGACGACGGCGGCCACGACCCCGGCGGGCCCGUGCGCAACGCGCGGCCCGGCGAGCGGAACCUGCACAAGCUCUGGUACAACUCCUGGGGCUUGGACGUCCUCGGCCGCGAGCGCGAGAUGAAGCGGCUCACGCGCCUCCGGGAGUCGCGGCGCCUCGCGGCGCUCCCCGGCUGGCGCGACCUCAUCAGCGAGCCGCCGCACGAGGCGCCCAAAAGGGUGAAACCGGAGGAGAAGCCGCCGAUCGCGGCCAAGGCGCGCAAGGCCGCCAAGUCCCUGCUCUUCAUCAACCGCACGGACCUGCUCGCGAAGGCGAAGCUCGACGCGGCGACCGUCGCGGAGCGCCAGCGCGAGGCCGACGAGAAGGCGGCCAAGGAGGCGCGCGUCGUGCGGGCGCUCGGCGCCUUCGACAAGCAGCGCCGGGAGAUCUACCACUGCCUCAAGCAGGCCAUCCAGACCUGCAACGACAAGUCGCUGCUCAACAUGCAGCGCCGCGAGGCCUUCGUGCCCCUCGUGGAGCUCCUGGGACCGCCCGUGCCCGCGGUCACGCUCAGGGCAGCAAAAGAGAGCGAAAUUCCCAACUUCAAAGGCUCAUAUCUCGGCCGUUUUCCACUCGUCACGCUCGGCAUCAAGCGCGCGGCCAUCCUGGGCAUCCAGCGCGCCGUCGUCGACGCCGUCGAGGCCAUCCGGGCCUGGCAGGAGCCGCCGCCCCAGGACGACGACAGCGACGACGACGACGCGCGGACCGUGGAGUCCGAGGUCUCGGCGGUCGCCGCGAAGUUCCACUUCCGGCCCGCGACGGCGGAGCGGCCGCCGUCCGCGCCCGCCGAGGGCCCCGUCGUCGACGGCGCGGGCACGCCGGCGCCGUCCGCGCCGCCGUCCGCGCGGCCCGCGCCGCCGCCGCCGCCCGCGCCCGCGCCCGCGCCGUCGUCCGCGCCCGCGCCCGCGCCCGCGGCGGCCCGGUCGCGCGUCCUCGAGGGCGACGCGGCGCGGAGCCGGCGGCCGAGCCAGCAGUCGAGCGACGGCGGCGAGAGCGUCGACGAGGGCGCGCUCUUCGGCGCGGGCACGAAGGCGAACACGGGCUCCGUCGAGGGCCUGCUCCGCGAGAUCGCGGAGAAGCGCGCGGCCGCGGAGAAGGCCGUGGCGCCGCCGAAGCCGCCGAAGCCGCCGCCGCCGGACCCGAAGCCCUUCAUCUGGAACGGCGUCGACUUUUUGCUGUCCGUGCGCCACGCGAUGGAUUUUUUGGCGGAGUCGCGCGACUUCCGCGCGCACCUCGGCGGCGAGUUCCCGCUCCGCGAGAACCCCUUCGCGCAGCCCCAGCCCAUCGACGAGCCCGUCCAGGGCCAGGUCGACGACCACGCGACGGCGCCGGACUCCGACGACGACGACGGCGACGGCGCGGCCGCGGCGCUCGCGAAGGACAAGGAGCACCUGAGCACGUGGCCCCACCAGGGCCACAGCGACCACCAGCAGCGCAUCGAGGCCUGCCGCGUCUACGUCCUCGAGGCCGAGGUCCGGCACCGGCGCCGCGCCGAGGAGGACCGCAAGGCGCUCCGCCACGCGAUGCGCGAGCGGCGCCGCGAGGAGAAGCAGCUCAAGCUCGACGCGGCGAAGCAGGAGCGGCCCUGGGACUUCGUGGACCACAACGACCCCACGGGCAAGAAGCGGAAGAUGCUCGAGAAGCGCGCGAAGACGCCGGGCGCGCCCAAGCGCAUCCCCCGCUCCGAGUCGCUCCCGCGCAUCCUCCGGCCGACGGUGACGCGGCUCUAA